AUGGCUGAGAGUACAGCAGAUCCACGUCCGGAUCUCAUCGUCGGCAUCGACUUUGGCACGACAGGAGCAUCCGUUGCGUGGGCCUUGCCGACGCAGGGUGUCGAUAGUGUCGACUACCUCGAACACUGGAUUGGCCCCAAAGGGGACCUCAUUGAACGAUCCAAAGUGCCUACAAUCGUUGUUUGGGUUGAUGGAGAACCUUGCGUCUGGGGAUUCGAGGUCCUCAAUCCAGAUUUCUGGCUAGAACGUGCCGUCAACAAGGACUCCUCCGACCCGGACGCCGAGCUACGGAAGCUACAAAAAGCCGUACUGGAAGAUCCAACAUCGGUAGAAUUCGAGCGAAUCAACGAAAACAUCGAGGUGCGGAAGCUAUACAAGGCCGGACUCGAAGAUCCGGACGGCGAAGAUUACAAGCGACACGAGGAAGGCAUCGUCUUCUUUCUCGAGAAAUUGCGCCAUUACAUUAAAGAGGCGCUGACGAAAGCGGUCGAUUGGACCGUAGCCGAGGUCAUGUAUGUCUUCAGCUACCCAAACACGUGGGACGAGCACACACAGAUCACGUUUGGAUCACUGAUCCAGCGAGCUGGGUACACACUCUUCCGAAGCCAACAGUCAUUCCUGUCGUUGGACGAGGCGAGUGCCGCCAUGGUUCAUUUCCUGGCUGAUUCAGGACAGAAGAGUAGUCCCAAGAACCGUAAUACAACGGUGAAGGAGGGCGAUCUCGUACUUGUUGCGGACAUCGGGGGAGGCACUUCGGACAUUACAAUCUGCCAAGUCAAAUACGACGGUGGCAACACCAGCAAGGCCCGCAUUGUGAUCGACAGCAGCGGCAAACACGCCGGUGGGACAAACAUCGACAAAGAAGCCAAGAGACUCUUGCGUCCGGAACUCGAGAAGGCUGUCAAAAGCAACAAGUCAAUCGCGAGGGACAACGACCCCGAAGAGGUGAUCAAGGAGCAAGUCGACAGUGCCCUCUUAUUCCUCGAGUAUCGCCGCGACUACUACGAGCACAAGCACGCAUAUGGCACCAAAAGAGCAACGCUGAGCAAGAGAAUCUUUCCGCUCCAAUUCAGCUUCUCCGGCUGGGAUGGCAAGAGCCAUCAGUUAACGCUGGAAGUAGACAAGAAAGACCUGUUUGAAAACGCCUUCAGAUUGGAAGCGGUCAAGGUUGCAGCGCAGUUUGCCGAACUAGGGAAUCGCCUCGAGGACGAACAAGCCAAGCACGUCGACGACCCGCAGCUUGAACUCAGCCACGGCAUCCUGGCUGGUGGACUGGGCUCAUCGGAUUACAUAGAGGAUUACCUGCACGAGAACAGCAAGGCCUUCGCCACUAGGGACAAGCUCAAUUUCAUCCCCACCAAAAAGCGGCACCUGGCCGUCUGCAAGGGCCUGGUGCAAGAGCAACUUCUCAAGGAACAGAACCGGGCCUUUUGGUCCUGCAAGGCCGGGGCCGCGUACGGGGUGGUGGUGGAUGGCAAGACGGAGGACAUGCGUGUCCUGGUGGAGGAAGGCACCGUCUAUUCGGUGCCAGACAAGAAGUCGUUCAAGUUGCGACUGUCGUUUGAUGAUAGAGGCAAGCUUGCGUCCAAGGUCACCUUGGUGACAAACCGCGAAAAGCGACCCUCUUCGAGCUGGCUGAAGCUGGGCAAGCGGACAGGUGAGCUGAACCAUUGGAAGGGCCGGUGCCAGCAAGUCAUCGACCUCAGCAGCACGCUUGAACUGGCUCUCGAGCAGAGCGAAUUCAAGGGCAAGCCAGGCAAGUCCAUGAAGGUGGAAGUGAUGCUCAACCUCAUGCAUGGCGCGCUGGCCUUCAAGGUCAAUGGGCAGCCAUUUGGGCUGAUCCGGGAACGUUGGCAUGCUUCGGAGACAACAAGGGACUCAGGCAGCUCGCACAGGCCGGACUGGGCGGAAGGAGCUAAGUUUGCGCCUAGCAUUAUUGCUGUCGCCAUUGCCAUCGCGGGAGGUCUAUGGAAAUUGAUCGAGGGGCUGGCAUAG